AUGAGUCCACUUCUUCUUGCGGUAAUUGCAUUAUUAUCAGUUUUUAGUGGGACAUUAGCUCAUAAUCCAAUGAGUUGCUUAAAUGAAGCUCCAAAAUCUUUAUGGAAGUUUCCAGAUCCAAAUUAUCCAAACUGGCAGCCAACAGCAGAAUUAACACACGAAAUUAUAAAACUUACGAGUAAAAGUUCUGUAUGUCAGAAUCUCAGUACAAGAACAGAAGCAUUUGCUAGCAACAUUGUUGCUAAAUGCCUUUUUGCUUUUCUUACUGGAGGUAUUUUGGCCCAUCUAAUUGGCUAUCUAAAUAUUGGCGAGAGAAUUUACCAAUACACCUUUAAUAGGAGAAGAGCCAAAAAGAUUGGAAAAUUAAAAUUAAAUAACUUUAAACUAAAAAUGACAAAGAAAGAUAAAUUAGUGCCGAUUGGAAAAAGAUGGCCCUCUCAAAACUUUAGAGAAGAAAAUCCUAAAAAUAAUGUAGUUGAAGUAAUGAUAGCUGGCCAUCAGCUGGCCAUCAGUUUUAUUCAAAAAUGA